AUGAACGAUAUGCAGUUCUUCCAUCACUUCCUGACCAUAUCUUUUCCUCAUCUACCUCUGGGUAAUGACGAUGUCUGGAUUAGGGACAUACCUCAAUUUGCGCAGGAGUAUACGUACUUGAUGCAUGCCAUACUCGCCCUAGGUGCUUCACACCUGAAUCGUACGGCCCCUCUCGCCUGCUACGAGAAAGAGGCCUUGAUACACAGAGGUCAUGCCAUCAAUGGGUUGAACACAUGCAUGGCCAAGACGAGUCAUGCCUACGGGGAAGCAGAUGCUAUGCUCGCAACCUGCUACGCACUCACAUUUCAGUCAUCAUAUAUGGCUGAUGGUCUUUCCGAUUUUGUCAUUUUCGUUCGUGGGUGUGCCCUUGCGACAGGCAAGAUACGCGACGAGAACGCGCCAACUGCCUUCAAUUUGUCACCAAAUCGUCAUCACCAAGUCGUCCGGCCUCGAUUGCCAAACCUGCCUGCUAUUGAUCCUGCCCACCUCAACCGAGGCAUUUCAGCACUGGACGAAAUUCAGGUCUAUCUCUACCACGAAGCUGAACACAAAUUCUACAUUGCUAUGCGCGAUGUCUUUGUCUCUCAUCAGCAAUCUCCUGGCGCAGGUUACCUCACUUUUAUGAACCUGUACCGUGUAUGGUACGACCUUGAUCAUGAUGCUUUCCGAGCUUUUCUCGAUACUGGUAAUACCACGAUACAAAUCUUGCUGGGCUUCUUCAUCGGCAUACAGAUGAUCAUGGCACCUCUCACGGCAUGUGAGUGGCGUGAAAGAGCGGAUAGUGGUGGCAACCAAACCCUGCUGGGAAUGGCAGAUUGGAUGGAGAACGUGGCAAGCAGGGUGCCCGACGAGUUGCAGUGGCAUUUAGCUUGGCCUAGGACGAUACACGAAGCGCCACAGACCAUCCAUUGCUACCAUGCUCGCGACGAUCGGAAGUCCGCACGCGAUACCACCAUACCGUACCGCGAGGCACAAAGACUUGGCAUACAAUUCACACCCUCCAACCGCCAAGCAAAACAGCCAGGCAUGAACGCAACACUAGCAUCAUCCCUCCUCGCCCUCGAAAACGACCACGCCCACUCCGCGAUCACAGCAGGCGGCACAAAAUGGCAGACCGGCAUCACCAGUCUCGACAAAGAACUACCCAGCAACAUCUGGUCAGGCGGUAACGUCGUCGGCAUAGGCAGUAUUGAGAGCUCAAGUAUAGCGAAUCUGAACAUCAGUCAUGAACUUAUAGUUACGCAUCUCAUCGAGCAGGGCUCAACUACUGCGAAAGAAGGGCAGGAAAAUUCUCAGACGGUGUUCAUUAUCGCGCCUGCAAGUCAGGCUGCGAGGUUGAUUCAGGGUAUUUACUCGCUACUGAAGGCUAGGCUAGUGGUGGUAGCUCAAUCCAGGCCAGGACAACAUAUAUGUCAGCAAAGACCAGCCAGCAACUCCGACCCAAAAGCUCUAUUAAACACAGUCUCGAUCAUGCCCUAUCUUGACGCAGCAGGACUUCUCGAAUCGCUCUCUGAAGUCUCUUCAAUCCUCAAUUCUCAAGCCAGACAACCACGACGAACUAUCAUAUCCAUCCAGGGCACAACGCAGACGAUCAAUCACCUCCAGCGGAGGUCAGGGCUUGUCCAAGCAGCGGCGCUCCUCAGCUCGGCUAUGUAUACGCUCCGAAAUAUCACGCGUGCUUCCCGUGGGUUAUGUCUUGCUGUGGUGGAGGUAGAUGUUAGCUGGGGAAACCCGACUGCAGUAGCCUCGACUGCCAAUCCAGCUGUGAAUGUCAGUAUGAACACUGCGCCAAGCCCGUCGAAUGUUCCAUUGGUCAAGGUAUCUCCUCUGCAGACGGCAUUUUCUUCAUCGACGGGGAAAGUAUUGAGGAUUGAUUUGAGUAAUGCUUUGACACGAGUGGUUGAAGGAGAAGUGGAUGUGUUUCUGGUUGUGCAUGAUGCGGAUGGGAAGAUCGAUGUGCGGAGGGAGGAAAGACGUAUUUUGGAGGUGGUGAAAGAUGAGAGGCUAGGGGUCGGAGAGAGGACGUUCGGAAGAUGGUGUAUAUGGAAUGGGUGA